CUUCAUAGCUCGAACAGAUUUCGCUGUGAGACUGAUGGUUCAACCUUUGAAAGAAAUCAUUUUCAAUUUAAUUUACAUUGGUGGUUUGACGCAAACAAUGUUAUGCAGCGUCGCUUUUUCACUCGUUAAUAAGCGUAGAACGUUAUCUAGCAAUGAAACACCCUCUCAAAUACAAACAUGACUUAGUAACUAAAGGUCAUAUCAUCAUGGCGUCUGGUUUGGCGUGGAUUUGCGCACUGAUUAUCUUGAACACCAAUAAAGACUUCGGUGCUGUCAUCUCUUCAGAAGUGUUUAUCCAUGUUGUCAUGUACAAAGAAGUUCGCUGA